AUGGAUGAACUUAACUUGAAGCCUUUCAUUUAUCUUGUUACUUUUUCUUAUGAUCGAGUUGAGAGAGUACUGAAAAAGUUUCCAAAUCUUCGUGCCUUGAAAUUUCAACUUUGCGGAUUAGAUAAUCAUGAUGGAGAUCCUGUUGUCCAGGCUGUUAUGGUUCAUGACAUUUUGACUCAACUAGAGUCACUUUUUUUCUACCAACAUGUAAAUCUUAAGCCUGAGGUUGAGUUUUGUUUGCCAGCAAAACUGAAGAAACUGACAUUGGGAUCAUUUAAAUUGACUGCAAGGAUUCUUUCAGGCAUUAGAAAACUCCCAAACCUCGAGUAUCUCAAUUUAAAAGGUACAGAAUCCGACGGGUACACAUGGAGGAUGGAAGAAGAAGAAGAAGAGCAAUUCUCCAAACUUAGAAUCUUGAAGUUGGAAUCCCAGUCCCUUCGCUUUUGGAGUGAUUCUGAUGAUGAUCAAUUUGGUUCUCUUGAGAAAUUGGUUCUUUCGGGUUGCUCCGAUUUGGAAGAGAUGCCUUGUUGUUUGGAAAACAAUACGACGCUUCAAAUGAUCAAGACCACUGGUUGUCGUUCAACUGUGACAGAUUUGGUGAAGAAGAUUGAAGAAGUGCAGACAGACAAUGGAAAUUCCAAUCUGAAAAUCAUCAUAUCUAAGGAGAGUUCUUGA